CGUAAAAUGUUGUGAGCCAAUUUUUUUUAGCGCGUUUCUGUUGUUGUUCAUUGCGCAUUGUUGUUGUUGCUGCUGCUGUUGUUGUUGUGUUUAUGGCCUCCCAAUGCACAUGGCUGCGCCCGCGGCUGGCAGCGCUGCUGCUCACACUGCUAUUGCUGGCACUCUUUGCUAGCCGCCAGACGCAUGCCUUGGAGUUCAUGGAUGUGGAUGAGUCAGCCAUGUCGAGCCAUGACGAUGACAAUGGUGAUGAAAGCUCCGCAGAGCUGCCGCAAAACCUGCUCAGCUACUCAAAGGAUACCAUCGCCAACUUUAACCCACGCAAAACGGAUGCUCAUUUUCGCACCCUGUGGGAGCGCGUGCCACAACAAAAGCAGGAGGUAAUCAAGCGCAAGUAGUUACUAUUAGUGCUUAUAAAGAGCAUCAGGAAUAAAGAUAUAAUCACAACAAUGUACUCAUCAUAUCUAAUCUAAGACUUAUUUUAAGUGAUAUCCGCAUAUUAUUGAGCUUACCAAGAAUAAUACUUACUAUGAGAACAAAAAAUAUAUACUCGCAUAAACCAUAUAUUAAUAUACUUUUUAAAUACAUGCA